CCCCGACAAAUGAGACUCUGAUCGCGUGGUGAUAAUGUGAAUCAAAAGAACAAGUGUUUCCAAUAUCCGUGGACGAGGUCUCCAUGUCACCACCGCACAAGAAAUUAUUGCUUGUCCUUAUUGAUGGUAUCGGCGAUGUCGCUGUACCUGAACUCGAAAUGCGCACCCCUCUGCAAGCAGCCAAGACCCCCUGGAUGGACAAGUUGGCCAGUAGUGGUCUCAAUGGUCUCAUGGACUCUGUCGAACCCGGAUUAGCUUGCGGCUCGGAUACAGCCCACAUGUCGAUCCUCGGCUACAAUCCUCGACAGCAUUAUAGAGGUCGUGGUGCAUUCGAGACGAUGGGAGCAGGUCUUGAAAUGCAACCGGGAGACAUUGCAUUCAAGUCCAAUUUUGCCUACAUGGAUAGAGAAAGUGGCAUUGUCAUUUCGAGAAGAGCCGAUCGACAGUUUGAAGGAUUGGGUCCAGUAUUGUGUGAAGCCUUGGAUGGAGUAAAAUUACCUUCAUUCCCGGAUCACACUGUCGCUGUGCGAUACGCAACCGAACAUCGGUGUGGUGUACGUGUACGAGGCCCGGGGCUCACGGAUACCAUUACCGGCACCGAUCCGCUCAAAGACAACAAACCAUUGGUCAAAUGUGCACCAACGGAGAAUACAGAUGAGGCUCGAAUGACUAGCAAGUUGAUUAACGAACUAUCCGAUGCAUUUUACGAUAUUCUGAGUGGUCAUCCCAUCAAUGAGACUCGGCGUCAGCAGGAUAAGAAUCCUGCGAAUUGCGUGCUUUUGCGAGGUUGUGGCAGUUGCAUUGAUAUUCCUAGCAUUGAGGCAUUACACGGGUUCAAGAGCUUCUUGAUUGCUCCAACGUGUAUUAUUGCUGGACUGGGCAUGACAGCACGGAUGGACAUUCUGCAAGUAGAGGGUGCAACGGGCGAUUACCAGACGAAUUUCCAGGCCAAAGCAGAUGCGGCGGUUCGCGCAAUCACCUCAGAGUACGACUUUGGAUUUCUCCAUAUCAAAGCGGUCGAUGAUGCAGGACAUGAUCGACACGUUUCCUUGAAAGUAAACUUUCUUGAAAAAGUAGAUGCAAUGAUUGGAAAUAUUAUGACGCGCCUGGCGACUGAUGAACAAAUCAAUGACAACAAGUAUACGAUUAUUAUCACCAGCGAUCAUUCUACGCCUGUGCUGUACGGUGAUCACAGUUGUGAGCCUGUACCGGUCUGUGUGGGCCGCGUCAAUGGCCAGGGCUGCAGCGACAAUGUUCAUCACUUUGAUGAAAUAAGUGCCAUGAAAGGAGGCCUUGGAAGAUUCUGUGGAGAGCAACUAAUGACCAUUGCCAAAAAUUACAUGCGUACUACAUAAUAUGCCUAGUUUAUAUUCUAUUCAUUCUAAUCCUGCCAAUGAAUCAUUGUAAAUACAGAUAAAAAAUCGAUGCCUUUUUUAUUAGUAAGUUCGCUAUGCUGAUAGGGCCUUUGGAGAUGCAUGUCAUAAGAAUGAUGUGAAAACGUUCAAAAGAAUAAAAAUGUUUUGCGCAAACCAUAAAUAGUUAACCAGAAGAAUAGAACAGAAUAAAU